GCACGAGGAGCAAGGCAAGCAGGUGACUUGGAGAAAUUAAACACGAAAGUAUAGUGGAGGGUGAUGGUCCAGCGCGAGCCUCUUCCCCACCGUCAACCCGGCUGAAAACGUGAAGUUAACAACUGGUCGAGAAGCGAGCAACUCCAGCCAUCAUAACAAUCUCCUCAGCACCUUGAAGCAGCAUGUCUCUCUCCUCCUCAGAUCAUCUGAAUGGCGCUAGGAAGAGAUUAGAGGAAGCUCUUGGUCCUGAUAAGAAAACUAAAUAUUUUUAUCAUAUGAAGCAAUGGUUCAGGAUGAGGGUAACAAAAGAAGAGUUUGAUAAGAGUGCCCGCGAUCUCUUGCCACUAAAUUCAGUACACUUGCAUAACGAGUUUCUUCUAGCUAUCCUCACCAAGUGCCAGCUCUUUACUUCCUCCUCCUCUUCGAGUUCCCGAUCUGACACCCACCAUCGUCAUGAUGAUCUGCGUAUGGACUCGGGAGGAGGAACUUCAGGAUCUCGUGACCAUGCCUCUGUUAAUGUUUAUUAUAUACCGUCUGAACGCAAGAAACUCAAGCCAAAAAAGAAAAUGAAAGCUACACGACCUCCCCAAGAUAAUAAUUUUGAAGCAGUGACUGUUCAAGAUAUUGCAGCCACAGCUACACUACAUGAACCACAAGCCAUCACAGAUGCAGGCGCUGGGUACAUGUCUCGUUCUCUGUGCUUGCUCGACACUGGACCUCUCAAGGGUCGUUUACUGCUAGCAGCUUGGGACCACGGUAUUACACAAGUUGCAGAUAAUGUAGCAAAUAUGCUUCAAGAAGCAACGCAGCAAUGUUUAAAGAACGUACUGAUGGCAGUGAUAAGCAGACGAAGAGGAUACCGUAUUAGAGAAGGACGCUUUAUGCACUCAUUGGGCACCACUCCUCCAAAUCCUUGGUUGAGAAACACAGCUUCUCUUAAUGACUGGGCAUCUGAAAGUUUGGGACUCCCAACUGGGGAGUGCGGUGAAGCCGGAGAUCGUCCCAUAUGGCCAACUGUAGACUCUGCUGAGCAAAAUGCUGCCCACUUGGCUGCUUGUGCUCCUCAAACAGAUAAUCCACUACCACCAAUUAGUUGUAUGGAUCUUUUAGAAGCUCUCCAGGUUCAAAAGAGUGCUUUACCAUGUCACUCGGUGUACGCGCUUGGGAUGGAGAGAAUAUCUUCCCGUUUGUGGCAUCCUGGCUGGGGGGAGGUGGAGCAGGAAGCCAUUGCUGUUCAAGAGGCUUCACUAAGAGAGACAUUGAAGGAGCAUAGACUGGCGGCAAAUCCUGUUACCUGAUAUAUUUUUAAAGGUACAGUAAAUAAUAGGCCAUAAAUUAUUAUUUGUAUUAUGAGGAGAAAGUUAUUUGAACAACAAUUUUUUUUAGCGUUGAAUGUACGGUACUUUCUUUAAACUAUUUUAAAUACCGUACUGCUUAAAAAAAUUAAAGUUCUUGAAACUUUAAAUAAAAUACUCAAUAUGUGGUGUAUACAGUAGUUUUUUAAGUAAAUUUGAUUACAGUUCUAAGUAUUUCCCUUAUUUUUUAUUUUAUUUUUUACUUUUCUGAUAUACUGUACAACAUAUAGCUUGUGAAGGAUAUAAUGAACAAAUGACACUUUAAUUAUUCACCGAGUGGAGAAGGCACACACACACAAUUUUGUUAAAGUGUUUAUGGCAUUUAUAUACUGUACUUGGGAAAGCAUUUGCCAAAGUGAAUCGAGGAUCUUCUGGCAUGUAUGAUAAGCAUGCAUGGAUUUGUUGGAAUGUUGUUGAUGGUUUUAAAUGAUGAUUAACUCCUACAUGCCAAAUUUAGUGUAUUUAGGGACCUGUUUGAUAUCAAUGUUAGGAAUACACCAGGGCUAUAUAAUGUCCCAAAGAUUGUUCAGUUUAUGCUGUAUAUAGGUGAAGUCAUCAAGUCAAGCAAAGAACACUAGAAAUGUGUUUAAAUUUAAUUAUAAUAAUCUAAAACUGUUGAAAAGAAAGAUGGUUAGCUAUAUAUGAAUAAUAAAUUGCAUAUUAAAUGUGACCUAUCCUGUAGCCUUCCUCCUACUUUUGUAACAGGAAAUAUCUCUGGCUAGGGACAUUUAUGUAUUGACUAUAUGCAGUUAACUCAUUGGUUCCUGAUGGAUCAAAGACUGCAACACACAAGCAGGUGAAUGUACCUCUGAACACAGCAGGCUGCACAAAACUAGUGCCAGUUGUGAACGUACAUGGUAAGGACGUGAUGAUGUGGCUGAUUAAAAUAAAAAGCAGGGACAAGGGCGACUGAACCAUUGUAAAGGCAGAUAGCAAGGCAGGUAUUCCAGACGCCGAACCCCCAACCUAGACCACUUGUCAAAUUAGAGCAUACGCUGCCAUGACUUGUGACCUAAGCACAACCUCAACUAAGUUGCAAGGCCCAUAACACACUCAUGAGCAGGGCCGACACUGUAGGUAGGUCUUUACCCAGUACAAGUACAAUAUACAGUCAGAAGACUUUACUCUUCAUCAACAGGCCCAUAGAGAACAAGUUUUGGGUGUAUUUGGUGGGAUAUAGGAAAAUGCAAGCCAAUCCAAAGAAAGAGCACCCUGAUCACAGUCUCAGCAAAACUGUAAUGCUAGAGCAUUUGCAAUUUAAGUGGCAUAAAUAUAAUUGUGAACUAGAAACAAAAACAGAGUAAUGGUUCCUGGCAACACUAACAUCCCAGGAAAAGCCAGCACCACUUACCUGAAAAUGAAAAGCCGACGAUGGGCUGUUAUCUGGCAGCUGUUAGGCGCAUAACGUUACCUCGUGGCAAUGGCCGUUUGCCUAGUUUUCCUAGAGGUGCCUAAUUUUCUUCAAGCAGCCACUUAAUUUGUUGCCGUUAUGGUUUUUGGUGGCAUUUUCCCUACUUUUGGGUCAAUCUCUAAUCUCCAAGUUCCUCUCACUUUGUAGAAAAAGUCAGGUUUUAGUCCUGGGUUAAGGUAGGCAACAGAUGGAACUGAAGAUUACUGGUGUGUUUAGCCGAGGCACAGUGGUACCCGAGCUAAGUUUGAGGAGCUAUUGAGGGGACCCUCCUAUAUUUUAUAUACUGUACCCCAGGUCAUUGACAAAGUAUUACAAAUCGGCAUUUAUUGUGUUCCAUAAACAUUUUGUUUUAUAAAUAAAGUUGUGAAGUUAAAUCACUUUCUUUCAAUGUUUUUAUCUGGUACAUUACCAGUAUGGAAUCGUAAACUAUACAAAAAUUAAUAUACAGUACUGUAACUAUUUUUAAUACAAUCUAUAAAACUGUGCUAAUAGUGUACCAUAUAGUAUAAUGUAAAAUAUAAUAAUGUAAAUUUUAUAUUUUGCAUUAUUAAAGACCUUGGUAGAAUUUGGAUGCAAAAAAAUUAUUACUUUUUGUUUUUUUUUGAGACUAUACACAGAAUUAAAUAUGAUCCAUGUAUUAUAUUCCAAGAAAAAUGGAAUGGAUUGGAAUGGAACUGUAGAUUAACCAAGGUAAAAAUACAAGUUGUAAUAUCAUUUGUUUUGGAAAACAAGUACUGUACUGUACAAUAUUUAUAUUUACGGUACCAAGCUUACUAACAUAUUCAUGGCAUAGCAUUAUUAGUAAUUAUUGUCACGUCUUAUAUUCAGCUAUUAGCGCAAGGGGGCACAGUGGUAAAACACUCACCCGGCGCUUUGGUCUGGGUUUGUAUCCUGGCCGGGAAAGAUUGACUGGGUGCCAAUCCUUAAAACCUCUGUUCAUCCAGCAGUGAAUGGGUACCUGGUUAUUAAACGAUUUGGGAGGCCAUAUUCCGGGGGAAAAUUAGGAUUAAGGACCUGCCCGAAAUGCUAUGCGUGCUAGUGGCUGUACAAGAAUGUAAGAACUCUUGUACCGUAUAUAUAAACAAAAAUAAACAAAUAAAUAGAUAAAAUAAAAGGUUUAUUAUAGAAUAAGAGUUUACCUGAUUACAUAAAUUUACUUACAGUUGGCAGUAGAAAAUCUUGUGUAUACCAUGAAUGCUAGCAUCAGGAUUCAAUGUUUUCAUUUUACAAUGGAAAGGCAAAUGAUAAUUAAACAAAGAACGACAACUGAGGCUACAUAAUCUACUGAAGCUGCCCACUGAUGCUUUCGGUGCUGCACAUCGCUACUUCAAGGUUAUACAAAAAUUAAAAGCAAAUUUUGCUUUUUUGAGUUUUUAAUGUUGUUGAUCCCUCAAUAAGUCUCAGUACAAGCCUAAACAGACUGUUUGCUUACGUUUCUUGUUAAAAUUGGCACAUGGUUUGAUCCGUAAGUGGGUAACACAUUUCAUAGCUUUUCGUGGUUAAAAUUACUGUAGCUCUCAAGAUGCAGCAGUUAUAAUUUCUUAAGCUUUAGUGUAGUUUUAAUAUACAAUGUUACAUACAGUACUUGUACAGUAGUUAUAAAUGUAAAUUUAAAAAACACAAUUGCUGAUUACCAAAUGAGUGACUAAAUAAGUACACUAUAAAGAGAGAUAAUGUAAGUACUGUACAGGGCUGUACUGUAUUUUCAUUUAUUUUACACUUCAAAUAUGUUUGAAAAGAAUGUGAGUCAAAUAUAGUUGAAUUUAUGUAAAGACGUACAACAGCAAGUUAUUCAUUUAUCUGUGUUAUUUCAAUAUGAAUAUGAGUAGCAACUAUUAUAAAAAAAAAUAACUAUCAAAAGAAUACAUUAUGCUUGGAAGACCACACAGCACCAUUUGUGUCAGAAUAAUCAAUAGUUCCUAGGUAUCAUUCAGGAUGCCAAUAUAGGAGCAGAAAGACAUAGGAUGGAGAUGUCAAAGGAAUCAGAAUCACUGAGGAUUUUAUUGAGGAACAGAUGACUUAUUUAGUUAGAUCUAGAUCUCCACUCCAUCAGGUGCCUAUGAGAUAAUCAUGUUAGACCAACAUGUAAGAUGAUGUCUUGACCUGUUAAAGUAGAAGAUAUAAAUAUACUGUACAUACAUACAUUCAUACAUAUGUAGAGCACUUACGUACGAACGUAUGUAUGUACCCGUGGGCUUGGGAGUACCAGAUGUACGUGUUUGAAUCCUCCUCAUGGCUCCCACCGAUUUUUUCAUAUUACGUACUCGCCUAGUUGUGCUUGUGGGGUUGAGGUCUGGCUCUUUGGUCCCACCUCUCAACCGGUGUACAGAUUCAUCAGCCUACUGGGCUCAAUUAUAUCUACAUUUGAAACUGUGUAUAGAGUCUGCCUCCAUGUAUUUAUGUAUUUGUAUAAUGUAUGUUUAAGCUGGUCAAAAUUGAAUUUUACUUUUGUAAAUGCACAUUAAUCACAUUAUGUAUAAAAGAAAAUCCAGUACUUUGAACAUUGUUUAUGUAGGACAGGUGUAAAUUUAUGUACUGUAUUUAUGUAUGUAGGUUAGAUUAGUAUUUUAUAAGCACUACAAUCACCUGUGGUUGAUUGUUCAAUAAAUCACUGCAACAGUAGGAGAGCAAAAUUGACAAUGAUCCUCAAAAUUAGGACAUUCUAUGAAGAGAAGCACAAUUGUUAGUUAGAUCCAGAUCUCCACUUCAUCAGGUGCCUAUGAGAUAAUCAUGUUAGACCAACAUGUAAGAUGAUGUCUUGACCUGUUAAAGUAGAAGAUAUAAAUAUACUGUACAUACAUACAUUCAUACUUAUGUACAGCAUAUGUAUGUCUUGUAGACAUACAUAUGCUGUAUGUCCAUAAGACAUAUGUCUUCAGUCUAUAGCACUGAACUAUAAGUUUAACAGAUCUCUCACCCUGUCCAUGGUGGACAGAAGAAAAUGUAUAUAUGUUGUUCAGCAUUGUAAAUGUGUGGCCACAUCUGUGGUAGAAAAAACUUUACGAGGCAGGAGUUAGAACUGAUAUUAUUAGCAAAUUUUUCCACAAGUAACAUUGAACUUAAUAGGACAAUAUUUAGAUGCCAGUGAUCUACAGUAUCUGCCUUUUUAAAACUGGUAUUACAUUAGCUACUUACCACAACUCUAGAACAAUGCAAAACUUUAAUGAUUUAUUUAAUGUACCUGACAAAUUGAGAAAAAUGAAAGGAAGAACCUAAUAAAAAAAAAUACUUUCUCAGAGCCUCGGGACCCGUUGGUCUUUAAUUUAAUAUUUAUUCACUUUUUACUUGUUAAUUAGUAUGUAGUUUUAACAUCUGUCUUCACUCCCUCCAUAAAUGUAUUAAAUUUCUGGCAUACUGGCUGACCCCUCACAGUGUUCAAGAGAGAACUGGAUAAGCACCUCCAAAGGAUACCUGAUCAACCAGGCUGUGACUCAUACGUCAGGCUGCGAGCAGCCGCGUCUAACAGCCUGGUUGAUCAGUCCAGCAACCAGGAGGCCUGGUCGACGACCGGGCCGCGGGGACACUAAGCCCCGGAAGCACCUCAAGGUAACCUCAAGGUAAGGUACUGUAAAGUUCUUCUCUAGUAGAUUGUGAUAAAAUACCAUUUUUUCAUCAUCUGUUAGAAGUCUGACUGUUUUCAAUGGCCCAGUCCUUUCUCUUAUCCUUGCUUUGAUACAUCUGGAAGAACUCUGGUAUUUAACUGCCAUUUGUAUCUACGGUAUUUGGCAAAAUAUGAUUUACUCCCCCCUAAUGUGAUGAAUACCCAUUUGAGCUUAGCAAUACUGAGUAAACUAUUUUCCGUUUCAUGACUCGUCUAAAAGGAGUGAAGGAAACUACUGUACAUCAAACUCAAUUAGAAAUAAAUUAAGAGAACUUUAUCUUAAUUGUGCUCAAUAGCAUUUCUAGAGCCUUACCUUCUUGUACUGCCGUAUCACCAGCCCAUCCUCCUGUUUUAGUAGUACUUAAAGUAACGAUGAGGACCAUAGUAUAUAUACCGACGUGCAACAAAAUUAAUAAGUAGAAAUCGGCACUACUGAAUUGGACAAAUCGAAAAACGAUUUUCUACUUAUGUUGCAAAGACAAAUUAAACUAACCUAACCUUCCUAGGCCUAAUACAAGAUAUGAGGCCUAAUAGUACAUGUGCUAUACUAGGCCUAGGAAUAUUUAAGUGUUUUCUUGUUGCUACAUUUUUUCCGUGACUAUAAAGUGAAUAGUACAAAGUUCUACUAUCUAAUUGCUUAGAACAGCAGUCUUUAUACUAUGGUGCACAUAGUUACAAACUACUAUUUAACAGAAGAAUGGGUUGGCAUCACACCCUUCAAGGAAAGUCUUUAAAAUCAUGAUUAUUAAUAGGCAUUUUAAGUCCUACUGAUGACAGAUGUGUUAAUUAAACUGUGUGUCUGGAGUAAUUUUGAUCCAGGAUAGUCCCAGAAUAUGUUCGUGUAGAAUGCCGAGGACGCACAAAUUUCUAUAACUUCACGGAGAGAUUAGUUAGUAGUUCUUCUGACUGUCUUAUCAUACUAAUUUUGUAAUAUAAAUUAUGCCAAUGUC